UUGCUUGUGCCUCCAUGGCGUCGUGUCUCUGUGCUCUCUCAGUAACAGAAAGUGGCCGCCUCUCCGCCGCCGCUGCAGACUCAAAGCUCAGACUCGCUCGGCGCCUUUAACCGCCAUUUUGGAGUCAGGGAAUCGAGAGUCGGCAGCAGCGGCGAGAGACACGCGCAAGGGGCCACACGGGGUGUCGAGGUGAGAGACACCGUUACGGCAAAGGAGCAAUGGUGGGGGGAAGAUGGCCGGGAGGGAGAAAAGAAUUAAAAUCACGAGGAGCACACACACGACCACGCAUUGAGCUUCCCCCAGCAAGGACACUCGGGACGCGGGCGGGCCGGUUAGGGCCUUGCCGUCUCGCCCGACCAGCCGGCUCGGCAAUUAAAGUCAUUAAAGCAGUAUCUUAAUAUAUAGUUAACGCAAAAGAGGUGGUGGCCUUAAAGUGACAGGGCGAUUGUGUUCACUUUAUAUUAAUGUUACGUGAAGACUCAAAACUCCCGUUAGCAUCCCCAAAGCUAAUGCUAAUACUGAGCUACAUGAUCAAGCCUAGCGGGCCAAAGUCCAUUCCACCCGGGCUAUAACACAGGAUUCACCCCAUGUAAGGCCACCUGGAAGCAGCGCCCCCAACUUAAGUUAAAGUCAUGCGAUAGGACCGAAUGUUAGCAUUUGAGCUUCGUUAGCUUUUUGCUCCAUCCCAAGCUAGCCGUUAAGCACAGUUCAACGUUCAAGGUUAGCUCUAGCUUAGGCUAACUAGACAAGCUAACCCCAACUGCAUGACAGUUGACAAGUGCAUGACUUUCAGCACACAUUUCACUUUAUUUCAAUGCAACUCAUGACAUAUAUCCUCAAUUUACGCGUCUGGGAAUAAGUUGAACGUGCUAUUUCUCAAAUGAGGGUUUUGGAUUCCAAUCUGAGUCCCCCUUGAGUGAUAGGUGCAUCUUCUCCCUGUGUCUGUGUGGAUUUUCCCCUCCCACACACACACACACACAUGCAAGUUGGUGAAAUGGUGGAGUUUGUCUUCAUGUGCUUUACAAUUGGUUGGUGACCAGUCCAGGGUGUAGCCUGCCUCUUCCUCAAAGCCAGCUGGGAGAGGCUUCAGAUCUCCUGUGACUGUGAUGAGGACAAGAGCUAUAGCAAAUGAACAGAUGGAUGGAUUCUUCUUCAUGCAUAUUUUCCCAAUAUGGCUUCUGCGUAUCCAAAGUCCUUCAACUAACCGAGGAUAAUGACUUCAGUUACAGAGAAUCUCGACGUUGCAGUAAAAAUCCCUGCCCAGCCGGGCGGGUGGGGGUAUCCGGACUGCAUGGCGUCGGGGCAGGGCGGGCGGCCGGAGCCGGCUGGUACGGCGGCGGCGGCGUGUUCUUCGGCUCUGGCGAAACCGCUCUACCUGCAACGCUUGGAGCGCUCCCUCAGGCUAGAAAGCUUUCUGCAUCAAACGGCCGCCAUCUUUAACAGAGAUGUCACCAGCGAUGACAGCGACGACAGCGACGGCGAUCUGGGCUCCGGCCUCUCCAUCGAACCCUUGGCGGUGAAGAGGGAGCCCUGCGACCCAGAGGACGCCUUUGUGGAAGGCAAGCCCCUCAACGGCGUUCUUCUGCAAGACCAAAAGAGCGACCAAGCGAACCUGUACAAUUUCUCAAAAAUGAAGAAGAAUCGCAAAUGGUUAAAGAGCCUGUUGCUGAGCGACAACACCACCGACUCGGACACGGACUCGGACGACUCGGACUUCAGCAUGUCGCGCGACGAGUUGCACGACAUGCUGAGGCUGCACCGCUACACCAGGCAGCACCAGAACAAGUUCCACACGGACCGUGAGCUUCAACACUAUCAGUACUACAGCACGGGGCUCCUUUCCAGUCAAGACCUCUUCUAUGAGCAACAGCGCCAUCUUGUGGGUCCAAAGAAGAGGAAGAUCAAAGAGGAGAAAAAAUUCAAGGCCAAGCUGAAGAAAGUGAAGAAGAAGAAGAAGCGCGGCGAGGGCGAUCUGUCCGACGAGAGCCUCCAUUAUGGGCCUCCCAAGACCUUCGCUAAGUUCUCGCAGGACGCGCCAGCGCCAAUCCUGAAGAAGAAGCACCUGAGCUUGGAGCAGCUGAACGCACGCCGACGCAAGGUGUGGCUCACCAUUGCCAAGAAGGAGAUCCCCAAGUCUUUCAAGCAGAAGACCUCCGCCAAGAACCUGGUCUUGACCAAUGCUAAAAAGUUGGCCCACCAGUGCAUGCGGGAGGUGCGACGAGCCGCCAUCCAGGCACAGAAGAACUGCAAGGAGACGCUACCUCGCGCCCGCCGCCUCACCAAGGAGAUGAUGCUCUACUGGAAAAAGUACGACAAGGUGGAGAAGGAGCACAGGAAGCGGGCGGAGAAGGAGGCGCUGGAGCAGCGGAAACUGGACGAGGAGAUGAAGGAGGCCAAGCGUCAGCAGCGCAAGCUCAACUUCCUCAUCACGCAAACGGAGCUCUACGCCCACUUCAUGAGCGGCAAAGCCUCCGCCGACUCGCCGAGCGGCGACGACGCCCAGGAGGAGAUCCUGAAGAAGCUGGACGACACCAGCGCCCGGCGGCAGAUUGACAUCGGAGGAGGCGUCAUGGUCAACGUGGGACAGGAGGACUACGACAGUGAAUACUACAAGUCUCAAGCUCUGAGGAACGCGCAGGAGGCCUACCACAUCCAUCAACAGAGAACGCGCAUGUUCGACGAGGACUCCCACGACAGCCGCUGCGCCUCGUCCUCGACGGCCGCCGGCUUCGGCGAGAGCUACAGCCUGUCCAACCCGUCCAUCCAGGCCGGCGAGGACAUCCCGCAGCCCACCAUCUUCAACGGCAAGCUGAAGGGCUACCAGCUCAAAGGCAUGAACUGGCUCGCCAACCUCUACGAGCAAGGUAUUAACGGUAUCCUAGCAGAUGAGAUGGGUCUCGGCAAGACCGUUCAGAGCAUCGCCCUGUUGGCUCAUCUCGCAGAGAGGGACAACAUCUGGGGCCCGUUCCUCAUCAUCUCCCCGGCGUCCACGCUCAACAACUGGCAUCAGGAGUUCUCACGCUUUGUGGCCAAAUUCAAGGUGUUGCCAUACUGGGGAAACCCUCACGAUCGCAAAGUCAUCCGCAAAUUCUGGAGCCAGAAAACCCUGUACACGCAGAACGCACCGUUCCACGUUGUGAUCACCAGCUACCAGCUAGUGGUCCAGGACGUCAAGUACUUCCAGAGAGUCAAGUGGCAGUACAUGGUUCUGGAUGAGGCCCAGGCACUGAAAAGCAGUACGAGCGUUCGGUGGAAGAUCCUCUUGCAGUUCCAGUGUCGAAACAGGCUGCUCCUCACAGGGACUCCCAUCCAGAACACAAUGGCCGAGCUGUGGGCCCUCCUGCAUUUCAUCAUGCCCACCUUAUUCGAUUCUCACGAGGAAUUCAACGAGUGGUUCUCCAAGGACAUCGAGAGCCACGCCGAGAACAAGUCGGCCAUCGACGAGAACCAACUUUCGCGCCUGCACAUGAUCCUCAAGCCUUUCAUGCUGCGCAGGAUCAAGAAGGAUGUGGAAAACGAGCUCUCGGACAAGAUCGAGAUCCUGACCUACUGCCAGCUAACGUCGAGGCAGAGGUUGCUCUACCAGGCCCUGAGGAACAAGAUCUCCAUCGAGGACCUGCUCCAGUCCUCCAUGGGCACGGCGCAGCAGUCCCACAGCACCACGUCGUCCCUCAUGAAUCUGGUCAUGCAGUUCAGGAAGGUGUGCAAUCAUCCGGACUUGUUUGAACGCCAGGAGACACGCUCUCCUUUCCACAUGUCCCUCCCGCCCUACGUGUUGUCCAAGUUCCUCUAUCGUCACGGCCUCCUCCAUGUUCACCGCCAGGCCACCGACAAGUCACUGCGAGUGCUGCUGUCUCCCUUUUCCCCGAAUCAUAUCCAACGGUCGCUCUUUCACAAGAAAGGCGACGAUGAAGGAAACUGUUUUUCCUUCCUGCGCUUCAUUGACGUGUCGCCGGCCGAAAUGUCCAACCUCAUGCUGCAAGGCACCUUGGUCAGGUGGUUAGCCCUUUUUCUGUCCCUGAAGGCAGCGUACCGACUCCAUUGUCAGCGGCUGUUCACCCUCCAGGAAGAAGGCGCAGGGGUCGCAGGGGGGACGCCACGGUCCGGGACUCUGUCUCACAAAGACCUCCUCUUGUGGAUACACAGACCCUCAUCCUUCCCCAACACGCAAACGAGCCCUGUGCUAAGGAACCUGGUCUUCACGGCCCUCAGGCCAGGUAUGGUCGGACACGCCGACGUGACCGUCCACUGUCGACGUUCCGCCGCCUCCCGAGUGUGGCCGUGCCAGCCCGCGCUCCCGCCCAAGUUCCUCCUGGCAGCCACACCCAGGGUCACGGCGGUUCCAACGGAGCGCUACUGCGCCGAUCGAAGCGCCGAGCACGAGUGGCGGGUGACGCGCGGCGGCGGCGGCGCCGUCUUCAAAGAAUGCUUCCUUUACGGCACGCCCGACCUAGCCUCCCAUUGGCGGCGGAGGGCGGGCUCCUUCUUCCCGCAACAAUCCGGCGGCGUGACGGCCGUCUUCCCUCAGCACGGCUGGUCCUACAUUCGGAUCCCAGAUAAGGAAAGUCUAAUCACGGAAAGUGGCAAGCUUCACACCCUGGACAUCCUGCUGAGUCGACUAAAGGCCCAGGGACACCGAGUCCUCAUCUAUUCCCAGAUGACCCGCAUGAUCGACCUGCUCGAGGAGUACAUGGUUUACCGCAAGCACACCUACAUGCGCCUGGAUGGCUCCUCGAAGAUCUCCGAGCGUAGAGAUAUGGUGGCGGACUUCCAGAGUCGGACGGACAUCUUUGUGUUCCUACUCAGCACCAGAGCGGGCGGGCUCGGCAUCAACUUGACGGCGGCCGACACUGUCAUCUUCUACGACAGUGACUGGAACCCCACCGUGGACCAGCAGGCCAUGGACCGGGCCCACCGACUGGGUCAGACCAAGCAGGUGACAGUCUAUCGACUCAUCUGCCAGGGGAGCAUCGAGGAACGCAUCCUGCAGCGAGCUAAAGAGAAGAGCGAGAUUCAAAGGGUGGUGAUAUCCGGCGGUAACUUCAAACCCGACACGCUCAAACCCAAGGAGGUGGUCAGCCUUCUGCUGGAUGAUGACGAGCUAGAGAAGAAAUUGCGUCAGAGACAGGAGGAGAAGCGGCAGCAAGAGGAGAGCAGCAAGGUGAAGGAGCGCAAGAGGAAGAGGGAGAAGUAUGCUGAGAAGAAGAAGACGGAGGAGUCUGAAAUCAAGAGGAGGAAAGAGGCCAACCUGGUCAUCGUGCACGCGCCCUCGGCCGACAACUCCAACUUGUCGGCGGACGGCGACGACUCCUUCAUCAGCGUGGAAAUGGACUCGGCCAUGCCCAGCCCCUUUAGCGAGCCUGCGUGCGUGUCUCCGUGUGCACCUUUGGGCCAGCAGAUCUCACUUAGCAGCGAACUCCAGCCCGGCUCGCUGCCGCCGGAGGCCGAGGCGGACGAGAGCAGCAACGACAUGCUGGUCAUCGUGGACGAGCCGCUGUCUUCGGCGCCGCAGUCGCGGGCCACCAACUCCCCCGUCUCCCUGUCCGGUUCCGUCUCGGACAACGUGAACGGUAUUCUGACCUCAGACUUCAGCCCCGGCAGAGGGAGGUCGGGCCGGAGUCGAGGACGCCCGAAAGGAUCCGGGGGCGGGCCCAAGUCUGGGGGCAAAGGGCGAGCUCGCAAGUCGACGGCGGGCAGCGCGGCGGCGAUGGCGGGAGCGAUGGCCGGAGCGGCGGCUGCAUCUGCGGCAGCGUACGCCGCGUACGGCUACAGCGUUUCCAAAGCGGGCCAAGCCGUGUCCAACCCCCUGCAGCCUUCCGUGGGUCGUUCUGGCCCCGCCUUCAACUCGGCCAGAGGCUCGUCUCCGCAAGCCAAGGCCGCAGGCGCAGCAGCUGUUUUGGGCCCGGGCAAGCAACUGGUUCACGGCCACCACCAGCUUGUCAGGAAAAGCAAAGGACCCCAAUGAUGCACUCAUCAAAGUGUGCUCCCACUAGAUAACACAACAGACCUGGUCUCACUGUGAUCCUCAAAAGCUGCCCCCCCCCCCCCCCCCGACCCGUGCCUAAACCAAUUAACAGUAUUGACUCCAUACCAUGGUCAUAAUUCAAACACCUUUCAAGCCUAUUUUUAACGCGGUCAAGGACCAGUAUCCAACAUUUUUCUCCAGAACUCCAAGGGCUGUCCAAUAAACUGAGCCAUGCCAUCCUUGUACAACAGUAACCCCCCUUUUUUUUUAUCCAUUGGGUUAUUCAACGAUUAUCAUUUGCGGACCAACCAACAUUUCACAAUUGACCCCCCAAAUGUCUGCAGCUUUUCUACUUCAAAAAGUUCCUUUUUUUUUUUCCCUUCCAAAACCGUAAAGACAAGUGUGGCAGGUCUUCACUCAAGCCAGCAGGAUUUCUAUCUCUUUUUCUGCCAAAUGUGUCGUGUGGAAAUAUUUCGAAAUGAGGGUCAAACGAGAAUUGCUGCUAAUAGAAAAUUGUUUCAAGACAAAGAAUUUGUGGUGUAGGAAUUAAGUUAUUUCAGUUUAGAGUAGCCCAUUAGCUGUGAAUAUGAUAUUCACUUGUAAAUCUUGUGUAUAUUGUAUUGAAGUCACUCUAUAUCUUAUCUAUUUUUGUCAGGGGGCAGCUCCUGCGCUUGAGGCACAUGGCUCAUUUUUUGGUGUUGCGUGAGUGCCUGUUCGAGGCUUGUGUGGAAAUUGUGACUACAAAUAUAUGAUCCCCUGUAUCAUAUGUGUACAUAAUGACAAGGGCGACGUCGUCUCUGGCUUUACCCCUCCACACGUUUGCCUGUCUAUUUUUAUAGGUCGCGUGUAUAAUAAAAACAAAUGCAUCUGUCAUUUUACUAACGGUAAGAGUCGCGUGGAAAUAAAGAAUGUGUGAAAUCGG